AUGGCAGAGACUGGCGGUCUUCAAACCCAAGUACGAUUGCAGUUGACAACGAGAGACAGGAAGCUUGCUCUUCCCGAGAGCCUCGGACCAAUACUCGUACCAAGCUCUCUACGCCGGUAUGCUCUCUCUACCCUGGUCAACAAUCUGCUUGGUACAGAAAAGCCGAUACCGCUGGAAUUCUUGAUCAAUGGAUCUUACUUGCGCACAUCGGUUGAUGACUAUCUGACUGCGAAUGGCUUCUCCACAGAGACAACACUGGCGGUUGAAUAUGUUCGCGCACUAAUUCCGCCUACACAUGUUGCGUCUUUCGAGCACGAUGACUGGGUUAGCUCCGUUGAUGUGCUCUCAUUAUCCCCCUCCAACGCUCGUGGCGAUGAGAUGAGGAUCUGGAAUACCUCUUCACAGGUCCUUGCAACUUCGCCGAGUCCUUCCGAUGGGGGCCAUACAUCAUCCGUUACAAGCUCAAAAUUUCUCUCUCCAACCAAAUUAGUGUCUUCUGGACUUGAUAGGACAGUUCGGGUAUGGAACUACAGAGCAGAUGGAGCUGAGGCUUCUGGCAAGGUUGCUCCACAACUUGAGCUCUACGGUCACAGAGGAAGUGUAAACUCGAUCGCCGUUCAUGGGCACACCAAUCGCAUACUUUCUGCUUCAGCAGACCACAACGUCGGUGUCUGGUCUACAAGCAAGUCCCAAGCUCCAGAAGCGCCAAGCAAUCUCCUCCCUUCUGCGUCCGCAAGAGGAUCCAAACGCCGGAAGCUAGACCAAUCUGUAACUGUGCCACAAAGGGGACCCUUAUCCCUGUUGAAAGCACAUACGGAAGCUGUGUCGGAGGCGGUCUUCGACAGCAAGGACUCAACGGUGGGAUACUCUGCAUCAUGGGAUCACACUGUUCGCACAUGGGAUUUAGUCACAUCUGCUUUGGUGGACACUAGGACAACCUCAAAUGCCCUGCUUUCUUUGACACAGCUUCCAGAACUACAUCUUCUCGCUGCCGGCUCAUCAGGAAAAGACGUUAAGCUCAUAGACCCGCGCGAUACAGCCACCACCGUGUCAGCGAUGACCCUUCGUGGACAUUACAACGCGGUAGUAAGCUUGGCCAAAGACCCAGAGAGUGAAUACGGCAUAAUAAGUGGGAGCCAUGACGGGACUUGCAGAGUGUGGGACGUCCGGAGUAAGAGAAGUGGCAAGGAUGGAAUGGUUGGGGAGAGUAUUUACACUAUCGAGCGGGAGAGUGCAAAGGGCAAAGGCAGAAUCGUGGCAGGUGAGGGAGUGAAAGUGUUUGGAGUCUGUUGGGACAAAGCGCUUGGGAUUGUCAGUGCUUCGGAAGAUAAACGAGUGCAAAUCAAUCGAGGUAGCGGGAUAGUAUCGCAGCGUAGUCAGACUACAGCUUGA